GUACCAGAACACCAAAAGCCAUCUGAUCUCCACUCCUGCGAAGAGAUCUAGCACAUCGCCACAUCCACACACACUUCCAGCUCCUCCAAAUAUUUCGCGCCACUUGCGGGCUCUGACGGUUUAGCUCCACUCCAGCCAUGAGCUCCCGAAUGGCCGGAGCAGCGCUCCUGCGCCACCUAGGCCCCCGCCUCUUCGCGGCCGAGCCGGUGACCGGGCUCGCGGCGAGGGGCGUCAUGCCCGCGGCCGCGAGGAUUCUCCCCGCACGGAUGUCCAGCACGGCCGCGGAGGCCGCCAAAGAAGCUGCCGCGCCACAACAGCGCCAAAAGCCCGAGGCCGCGGCCGCGGCGCCGGAGGGGCAGGACAAGAAGGCCGUCGUCAGCUACUGGGGCAUCGAGCCGCGAAAGCUCGUGAAGGAGGACGGCACGGAGUGGAGGUGGUUCUGCUUCAGGCCAUGGGACACGUACAGAGCGGACACGUCGAUCGACAUGAAGAAGCACCACGAGCCGAAGGCGCUGCCGGACAAGCUGGCCUACUGGCUGGUCAAGUCGCUGGUCGUGCCCAAGCAGCUCUUCUUCCAGCGCCGGCACGCCAGCCACGCGCUGCUGCUGGAGACGGUGGCGGCCGUGCCGGGCAUGGUGGGCGGCAUGCUGCUCCACCUGCGCUCGCUGCGCCGCUUCGAGCACAGCGGCGGCUGGAUCCGCGCGCUGCUGGAGGAGGCCGAGAACGAGCGGAUGCACCUCAUGACGUUCCUGGAGGUGGCGCAGCCCAAGUGGUGGGAGCGCGCGCUCGUGCUCGCCGCGCAGGGCGUCUACUUCAACGCCUACUUCGUCGCCUACCUCGCCUCGCCCAAGUUCGCCCACCGCUUCGUCGGCUACCUCGAGGAGGAGGCCGUGCACUCCUACACGGAGUACCUCAAGGACCUCGAGGCCGGCAUCAUCGACAACACGCCGGCGCCGGCCAUCGCUAUCGACUACUGGCGCCUCCCCGCCGAUGCCAGGCUCAAGGACGUCGUCGCCGUCGUGCGCGCCGACGAGGCGCACCACCGCGAUGUCAAUCACUUCGCAUCGGACAUCCAUUACCAGGGCAUGAAGCUGAGGGACACGCCUGCGCCUCUCGGCUACCACUAAUUAGUCAACGUGGCCUGCUAGUUUAGCAAUGUCGCCUGUAUUACGGGUCGGUCAUGAUGUUAAUUAACCUACUGCCUUAUUUGUGAUCAAUUUGUCUGCAUUAUUUGUGUAUAAAUAAAUAAUAUAGUUGUGUCA